UUUUCAUAUCAAGAAGACUCAUUGAUACUUUAGUGUAGUGCACUUUUGGCAUUGUGCCCACUUGUUCCCCCUGCAAUUGAUCUUGAACUCUCCGGGAUUACUCUUACCCUGCCUCAGUCCCACUCUGUUCCACGCUAUGAUUGCUUUUGAGCGAACAGGUAGUAAAGAUGGACCAGCAUCCUGUGCGCGUCGACUCAUUCAUGAUCUUGUGAAAACUAGACCGACUAGAUGAGGUUCUUUCAUGGACAAGACAAGACGACCGAGCAAUCUCAUAGUGCACGAUGGUGACUUAAUUCUCCCAAUUCUUGAGUAAAACCAUGUCUUGCAUCGAGGUUCCCAACAUGAGUGAGCUCUCCAGUCUUGUCAGAAUGGUCACCGAGGCAUUGGGAGCGAGCCUCAUUGUUUACUUUGUUUAUGGAAAGUUUACUCACAAGACCACAAAAAGGCCAAACAUCAAAAAGAAUGCCAUCCCAACAAAAACUGUUGGUGUUAUGUGUGAAAUGAGAUCCAUCACAGAUGCUCCGUCAGAUCCGGAAAUUGUUCCCAAACUAAUGAAAGAUCAGGCUGUUCAAGUUGUGGAGGAUUCACAACACGAACAACAACAAUUUAAACAAGCUGCUCAAGAAGACCGAGAGAUAGAGGAGAAAGCAAUUCAGGAUUUCUUUCAACUCUCCGCCAAAGGCAUUGAAAACAGCGAGAGCAUGGCUGAAAACACCCCAACAACAACAGACGAUUCCACGCAAACUGAUUCCGAGCCAAGUCUGAUCCAAUCACAAUGUGAUUUGGACCACUUCAGAGAUCUGGUAAGAACCUUGGAAGUUCAGCUCAAGCAAUACAAAUUGGAUAUCAUCAAAGAAAAGUCAAAGAGCGAGCUCAUCCGCCAUGAGAUGCGGAGUCAGGGCGAGAUCCUGGAGCUCAAAAUGAACCAAGCUCAAGAAGAUCGGAAUGAAGCUCUGGUGGAUCUUCAGCGCAUGCAAAACGAGUCUCUUGUCCAUCGAGACACUUUCCAAACGACUCUCCGGGCCUUGAAGGCCGGCUUGGACGAGAAAGACAAUCAGGUCCAGGAAUUGGAGGAUUCCAAUGCUAUGCUGAGAAAAGAUCUGGUGGACCUCAUGACACAGUUCCAAUCAGAAAAAAGCAAAAUGGAAAAGAAGCUGGUGCAAUACCUAGACAAGAUCGACGAUUUGAACGAGAGUAAUGGUGGCAAAAAUCAGAUCAUUGCAAGAUUGGAACAUGAAAUUGAUGAGAACAAAGCUCACGUGGAAAAGAGGCGAAAGGAAAAGAAAAAACUGAUCAAGGAAAAUCAGGCAUUGAGAACCGAAUUGGAACAAAUUUAUCGGGAUCAUCAGCGGAACAAAAAGAUGUCACGUAUUAUGCGACACAUUGAGAACAUUGAUUAAAAUGAUCUUGUCAGAUUGUACGUAUAUUGUAUUUUAUACGUCAUCGGGAUACAAAGGCCUUUCACUACAAGCGGUGUACUUUGAGUACAUUAGAACACGAACUUCUAGAGAUAUGAACUUACAGGAGACGAGAAAAUUAUUUUUUCUUCAAAUUUGAACUGAGUUAUUUCGCCACUCUCAAGGAUGGGCUCCUUGCAUAAUUGAUCUAGGUGACAUUACACAUGCACAUUCGUUCCCGUACUCUGUUGAUGUACUAACCGUACUGAGUUGAUGUUCAUUUAUUCACGAUUAUAAUGAAUUGGAAAAUAGAUUGGGUUUUCGUUUCCAAA